AUGGCAAGUAGUGGCCGUAUUGUGAAGUGUGCAGCGAUUUUGAUCCUUUCUCUCAUCAUCAUGCUUGGAGGAGGAGUUGCUGCGAGAGAUUUGUAUGGGUCAACAUUAUAUGAUUAUUCUUAUUCAAAACACAAUGGCAUUGUUUUAAGAAGAGCCGAGGAACGCUUUGACAAGAAUAUCAGUUUUAAAAUGCCUAUUACUGAACGAUUAUCUCCUCGCUUUCCUCCUUUUGAUCCGCACAACUUCAGAAGAAAAGGCAUUGUUUUAAGAGGAGCCGAGGAACGCUUUGACAAGAAUAUCAGUUUUAUAAUGCCUAUUACUGCACGAUUAUCUCCUCGCUUUCAUCCUUUAGGCAUUGUUUUAAGAAGAGCCGAGGAACGCUUUAACAAGAAUAUCAGUUUUAUAAUGCCUAUUACUGAACAAUUAUCUCCUCGCUUUCGUCCUUUAGGUCCGCAAUACUUCAGAAGAAAAGGCUUCGUUUCAACAGGAGUCUGGAAACACUUUGAUAAGAAUAUCAGAUUAAGGAUACCUAUUAUUGAAUGA